UCCUAGCCGCUCUUUUCUGGUGUCCGGGAACUGAACACCAAACCGGUUGAUCGUGGAGUUACCGGCUCGUCGUAUUCGACCCUCCCUUCCUCUGUUUUCAGCCUUUAUUUUAAAAGAUCCAGGAGGAGCAGAAGCGAGCUCGGAGUUUGAGGCGCUCGGCAGCGGUGGGGUGAGUCAGCGGGUGCUAAGGACCGGGACUGGAUCUUUGGAGACCGUCCCCUCUCCUCCCUGCAGAGAAGCUGCCUGGGCGGCGAGGACCGGAGGUCUGCGGGCGCCCGGGCCUCCGCAUCCGCGCAGCAGCUGGAUUCAGAUAAACGAAGCUCCGGGGCCACGUCGGUUUCAGCGAAUAUUUCCGACCCUUGUCACCUCGCCAGAACACCUGAAGCUGGAGCUAGCACUAGCCCAGAAUUGGGAGACCAAGCUGAGAGCAACCCCCAGCCGGCUGCAGCGCUCAGAUGCCCGAGUCCCUGACAUGAGCUUAGACGGCUGAGCCACACUUAGCUACCGUUUCAACCCUGAAGACUGGCCACGGACUUGUGAAUUUCUGAUUUACGUGUGGAUGGACAGGAUGUGUCAGACUGCACAGGAAAGCGGAUUUUUGUUUGCCUUCGCAGCGUGUUCCUUUGAACCUCACUGCAAGGUUCGGGUAGGGAAGGUGCCCUCGGAAGCCCAGAGCUCCCCUGGCCAUGUCACCUUUAAUGCUCUGUGCCUUAGCGUGGCCCUCUGAGGGUCCCCAGGGCCGCCUAGGCUGGUUUCCAACAGGUGUGUCCUCUCCCUCCCCCAGCCCCGCCCAGCUCGCGGGAGUCCCCCAAGCUGAGAUUUUUUGACUUGGCUCCCUCACUCCUGCUUCCGUCCGCCCCACCCCCACCCCGCCCCCACCCCUUACCCCGUGGAGGGUGGCCGUCCAAAGCUGAACCUUGCCCCACCCCCACCCCCCUGGGACCAUGGUGCUUCUCUCUGAAAAUGCUUCCGAAGGCUCCAACUGCACCCACCAGCCAGCACCGGUGAACAUUUCUAAGGCCAUUCUGCUUGGGGUAAUCUUGGGGGGCCUCAUCAUCUUCGGGGUGCUGGGGAACAUCUUAGUGAUCCUUUCGGUCGCCUGUCAUCGGCACCUGCACUCAGUGACUCACUACUACAUAGUCAACCUGGCCGUCGCCGACCUCCUCCUCACCUCCACCGUGCUGCCCUUCUCCGCCAUCUUUGAGAUCCUGGGCUACUGGGCCUUUGGCAGGGUCUUCUGCAACAUCUGGGCUGCGGUGGACGUCCUGUGCUGCACGGCGUCCAUCAUGGGCCUCUGCAUCAUCUCCAUCGACAGAUACAUUGGCGUGAGCUACCCGCUGCGCUACCCUGCCAUUGUCACCCAGAGGAGGGGCGUCAGGGCUCUGCUCUGCGUCUGGGCGCUUUCCCUGGUCAUCUCCAUCGGACCGUUGUUCGGCUGGAGGCAGCCGGCUCCUGAGGAUGAGACAAUCUGCCAGAUCAAUGAGGAGCCUGGCUACGUGCUGUUCUCCGCGCUGGGCUCUUUCUACGUGCCCCUGGCCAUCAUCCUGGUUAUGUACUGUCGGGUCUACGUGGUAGCCAAGAGGGAAAGCCGGGGCCUCAAGUCCGGCCUCAAGACCGACAAGUCGGACUCAGAGCAAGUGACGCUCCGUAUCCACCGGAAAAAUGUCCCCGCAGAAGGCGGCGGAGGGCUGAGCAGUGCCAAGAAUAAGACUCACUUCUCCGUGCGGCUGCUCAAGUUUUCCCGGGAGAAAAAAGCGGCCAAGACGCUGGGCAUCGUGGUGGGUUGCUUUGUCCUCUGCUGGCUGCCCUUCUUCCUAGUGAUGCCCAUUGGGUCCUUCUUCCCGGAUUUCAAGCCUCCGGAAACCGUUUUCAAAAUAGUGUUUUGGCUCGGGUACCUCAACAGCUGCAUCAACCCCAUCAUAUACCCAUGCUCCAGCCAAGAGUUCAAGAAAGCCUUUCAGAAUGUCCUGAGAAUCCAGUGUCUCCGCAGAAGGCCGUCUUCCAAGCAUGCCCUGGGCUACACCCUGCACCCGCCCAGCCAGGCUGUAGAAGGACAGCACAGAGGCAUGGUGCGUAUCCCGGUGGGCUCGGGAGAGACUUUCUAUAAGAUCUCCAAAGCGGACGGAGUCUGUGAAUGGAAGCUUCUCUCUUCCAUGCCCCAGGGGUCAGCCAGGAUUACAGUGCCGAAGGACCAAUCUGCCUGCACCACCGCCCGGGUGAGAAGUAAAAGCUUUUUGCAGGUCUGCUGCUGUGUGGGGUCCUCGACCCCCAGCCUUGAAGAAAAUCACCAGGUUCCAACCAUUAAGAUCCACACCAUCUCCCUUGGCGAAAACGGGGAGGAAGUCUAGAGGAUGGGAAAGGUCACAGGAAAGAGGGUUGACGCUAGGUCCUGCUGAUGGCCCCUCGGAAGGCCAGUGAAUUCUUCUUGAAGGACAAGCCAGGACCAUUCAAGGAGGGGACCGUCUGGGAAAGGGGAGAGGGAGGCUUCCAGUUUAUCAGGCAGGUGGUAGGGCACAGGGGAAGAGGCAGGGCGUCUGGUGUCAACCGGUUCUGAAUGAUGGGAGGCCCAUUUCCCUUCCGCUCAAACACUCAGUCGUUCUCUGGUCCUGCUUUCCACUACUGAUCCUUUCAACAAGAAAUACCAUGGGAAAGAAAAUCUCAGACACAAUCCAAAAGACUAUAAAUACAGGAUGAUGAUUUCAUUGUGAAUAUUUUGAGCACACACUCUAAGUUUGGAGCUAUUUCUUGAUGGAAGGGAGGGGAUUUUAUUUUCGGGCUGAACCCACUGGCAACCACAUUUGACAUUUAUGGAGAGGGGACCUAGACAAAAAGGAGUGGAAGGUAGAGUGAGUCUGGAAAGACCACCAGAUUCUCAGCUUGGGUGGACCUGGACAGGGGGCUUUCCAGUGUUUGCUCUUUGGUUGGCUGCUUUUCCACACUUGAAACUGGGGUACAUUCUCUGUCCUUGGGAUCUGAAGAGUGUGGCCAGGACUAAGCUGGACAGCAUGCUUUUUAUCAAUGGAAUGAGGUAUGUCUGGGGCAGUAGUUAAAGACCUGAUGAAGGAAGGCUCCUUCUUUUACCUCCUUAAAGAGCAGGAGUCUGGAAUGGGGUGGGCACCGACAUCAGGCUGCCCACUGCCCUGUUGUUCUGCAGCCUCUUUGAUGUGACAAGCUACUUGCCUUUGCCAGAACUCCAUAAUGGAAACCCAGGAGUGGCAAAAUAAUGGCUUCCGUCACCUUUCAUUCAAUUCACUGCUGCAUAGUGAAUGGAGUUCACCCAUCGCAUGUAGAAUGAGUCUUAGGGGCCAGGUACACCCCUCCUGAGCCUUCAGACAUACUGAUGCUUACCCUCAAACACUUUAAUUGAUUGCCAAAAAAAAAAUGCCCAAAUAUUUUAUACCAGAUCCUUGAAUCUUUAAUAAUUAAGAUUAUUAUGGGCGGUGACUAUCGUAAUCACACAUAACAAUUAAAAUAUGCUUAUCACUCCACCUUAAGAAUUGUAAAAUAAGGUUUAUGUUUGUGAUACCUACCCUAAUAGAAACAACAACUACCAACAUUUGCAUAACUUCUUCCCCCAUUUACCAUCUCAUUUAAUGAGAUGCCUUCACACCUUCCCUUUCCUCCCUUUCGGCAAACUGAACUCUGCCCAUCAGCCUUUCUAAAGGCAAAUCUUCCUCCAUGUUACAAUGGAGGAAGUGUAUGCCUGUGGGACUGGGUUUUGUGGUUGGUUGUCUUGAGACUUAGAGUAUGAGCUGCUUCCUCCACCUUUUCCUGGGCCGUAUCUUCUUAUUGGCCAGCAAGGUCAUUAUUCGGCCUUGUGAUCCAAACUUGGCUUCUGCCACUGAAGAGUUGGCUGGAAUUCUAGGCUCUGGGGCUCUCUCCAUAGCUCAUAACAGCUCUACCAGAUGUACGUGUCAAAGCAUCUAGGGAGAGCUCCAGAAGGCAAGCCUGGCUCAUCUUCUCUGUAUGCUUCACUGUUCAGGUUAGCUUCCUUCUAAAUUUAAAUUCAAAAAAACCCACCCUUGGCUCUGCCAUCCCUUCAGAGAGAAGCCUCUUCAUGGGAAAAGAGAUCUUAGCUUUUCGUCAGAGGGGCACCAAUCCACGCUAGUAAUGAUCUUUAAAUCCCCUGAUGAAUAAGAUGCAAAUGUUAAAGCUGUCAUUGAUGCCACUUCUAAUCAGAACAAAAAAAACAACAACUAGAAAAAGAGCCAUCAGAUCAAACCUUGACAAUCAUAUCCUUGUAAAGUUAUUCACAAACAAUUGCCUGCAAAGUCCAUGGUAUCCCUCCCUCUAACAGCAAGACACUAGGCAGAAACACACCAACCUUAUAAGAAAUUGAUAGUGUCCCCCAAAACAUCAGUGACAAAAGUGGGAUAAACAACAUAAAAGUGGAAUGGCGUUUUAAUCAUCCACCAAAAAUGUCUGUACCAUUAAGUGUGCCAAAAACUAUCUGAAGUGGUUGCAGCCAAACAAAUGAUUGUCAUAUUUAUAUUCACAUGUUUACUGCUUCUAUUUGGAGUUUGAGGAAUUUACCCAGAGUAACCCCAGUUAAAAUGUCCUCUCCUGUGUGUUCCAAAAAAAACGAUCGCCUUGGGAUUGUCUCUAUGUCAUGUCAUCAGUGGGACAUUAAGGUAGCAAAUUUGAGACUAAUCUGAGAUUCAGACUGUAUGUUUGAAGAAGAACCAAGGCUCUCUUUACUCAAAUUUUUUUCUCCAAGGGCAUCAGCAUCCGAGAUGCCGCUCAGUUGGUGGACUGCUUGCCUUACAUGCACGUCCCCAGAAGCACCUAAAACCAAGAGUGAUGGCUUAGGACCAGGACCGUAAACUCAGCAUUCAGGAAGGGCAAACAAGAGGAUCAAGAGUUCAAGGUUAUCCUUGAAUACUUAGUCAGCCUAGUCUACUCGAAACCCCAUCUCAAAACAACAACAACCAAACAAAACAAAAUUCCAAGCUGUACCACUCCGAGAAAAGCACUUUCCUUGCCAUAGUCUCAGGCAAUUCUGCUUCUGCAUGGAAUCACCCUGUAUUCAACGCACUUUGCAAAACACUGAGGCCUCUGACCCUCAUCACUGACUUGGAUUGGCUCAUUCAAGAUAGACAGUGAUGUCUGAGUAAAUAAAUACUCCCUUAACGCUUUUGUUUGUUCUGUUGCGUGUCAGGGAUCAGUGGCUCGAACCCUCUAUAAACUCUUCCAUUACUGUUUUGAAAAUAAAACUCUGAUGGUUGAGAAAAGGUACAGACUUGCACAUGGUCAAGAAGGAACUGUGGAUCAAACCUGGCUUUCCCACUAGGUGUUCACACUCUCUGUAGCUUCACACUCUGGGGCAGGAGAGUUUGGACUGAGUGUUCUCAGGAGACCAGUUGGCACCCAAGUUUUAAUGUAAUUAUUCCCUUGGGAUUUUUCUACAGAUUGAUCUUAGCACACAUGCCACCAAACCCUGUGUCUACAGUUCUAACUAGUAGAGGUUCUCCCCUCUCCAGGACAUAAUGCUUCCAAAUACAGCUAAAGCCUUACAAGGAGGGCAGGUUAAACCAAACCAGGACAAGCUGAGCAUAGAACAGAACAGGGUAGAAGCAGCCAAGAAUGAAAAAGUCCAGUUAUAAGUGGGACACGUAUUGAAUAGUUUGGAUUGCUAAUCACAGUUUACAUGAGCACUUAGGAAGUAUGCCUCUUCAAAAUAGAUAUACAGACAGAUCCAACACUUGUCCUCACUCGCCUGCAUUCCGACCUUUAUUUCACAAGUUAGCAAAAAGGGAAGAGGCUGGAGGCGUCCCACCAGGAAUUUGCAGGGUAUGCACUGGGCAUGUGAUUUUCAUGGAUGCCACUCAGAGAGAAGGGUUCAGAAUGCUGAGGUAGCCAGGGACAGUGGCAGUUUUUAAAGAUGGGCCAUUGGUAGUCAGCUGUGCAUCUUAGCUUGCUUUUCUUUUCUGUAUGAGCCAUCAUGAAGAUCUUCUAGACCAGCAAGUUUUGGGGUUAAAAAAAAACCUCAGAGUGAAACUGUUAUAGGAACUAUUUUCUUGAGCAGGUAAUUGUUCAUGUGUUAAUCACCAUUCCUUAAUCACCACUAAGAAACGUUCCUAAUUGCUUCUGGGGAUAGUUCUGUUCCCAUCCUCUUGCCAAAAUAUGAUGCUGCCUCUUCGAUGAAUGCCUGCUGACUUAAUUACAGGAAGAGAUUGGCUCAUUAGCAAAGGGAAAAGCAAACAGGUGGAAGGCAAGCAAAAACCAGGGAGACAAGAGAAGAUGGAGGUAGCAGAUGUACAGGCAUCAGAGAUACAUGCGCUGCUCACUCCAUCGUUUUCUCACACCACCGGGGCUUGUAACCAUGAAGCCACCUGUGUGGACACAGCUCUAACACAGCGCAGUUUGAACCCUGCACCUGCCCUGGGCCUCCAAACUAAUGUUGAGGAGCUGGGCUGAGGCCAUGUCUUCAAAAAUCCAUGGCAACAGCGAGCUCCGGCCCUACAAGUUGCCUGCAAGAUGAAGUAGUGGGCAUGACUGUUGUGGGGCUGGGCCAGGAAACAUAUGAUGGCAGCCCCUGGACGAAGGUGUCAUUGGCAGGAUCUCCUUCGUGUCCCUCAGACCCUAAAGCUGAGAAAGAGCCUCACCUGCUCUCUGCAGGAGAGUGUCAUGUUUUAAACCGCCGCUGCUGAACCUACAAAGGCUGUAGGAGUGGCAGGGAGCACUGAGGGAGAAGAUUGACCGCAGCUCAAAGCAGGGAGGUUUAGUCAUGCUUUGCUGCAACAGAUAAGCAAGGAGCUGCCCUGAAACUGAAGGCUUAUUCAUUUCAAAGGGCAAAAUAAUGACCUUUUUUUGUUCAUGGGGCGCCUGAGUUACUGCCAUAGGCUGUCCCUGUCAUACACUCGGUGCAGUCACAGUCUAAGCUGGAGGUGAUGGUUGUUAAGCCAUGAAAAUACAGACUUAAUUAGGUGGGAAAAAAAAGUCUUAGCACAACUUAGCACUGCGUUUAGGGGAAAAAAAUUGAUGAAUAAAUAUCCUGGUCUAUUCUAUGAAACAGGCUGAAUAAAAUAAGUAUAUAUGAAAGUCACAGCAAAGCAACUAAGACAGAAACUCCAACAUGAAUUUAAUUUUAAUGUGUAUCGGCACAUACUUAUCAAAUAUUUCUUUGGUCAUUCCUGCGUGGGAGAAGGAAAAGGAGGGAGUUUUUGUUUGCAUUUGGUGUGCGAAGAAAUGGAAGUAGUGAAUUAAAGACUUCUUUGAGCACCCUCAUGCUCAAUCUUUAUCAGCAACGACUUCCAUGUCCCCAGUGUCCGCCGUGUGUUUUGCAUCUCUGACUUUCAUAGUCUCCUUUGUCAGUGCCAGCUCAUAAUUCCAGCUCUGCCUGUGCCUUCUCCCCUCCCAUCCUGGCCAACAAUUGGGAAGAACUUGCAGUGCAUGCUCACCCGUUCUUGUUUCUUGGCUAACGGACAGGCACGUGUCAUUCCGUUCUUUCUCCAUAGAUAAGCUGCUACAGAGCCAGGGAAAUUGUCAGGGACAGAAGGCUGCUGCUUCGCUCGAUCGGGUGACGUGUAAAGGCAAAGCCAGCCUUGGCUGUCACCCUAAGGUCCUCAGGAACACAAAGAUCCCAAAGAGACCCUGUGGGUCAGUGGGCACACUCUGGUCAGCAGUCCCAGGUGGCCUCUCUUCACUGCACCACCCUGGCAUGAAGCCAAAGGGAGGUGCAGACAGUCCCCAGUGCACGAGCUGGCAGCGUUCUGAGUUCAUCAGUUCAGAAGUCAAGAAUGUGUUUUUCCAAGUGGCAUUGUUAUAAAUGGGGAGGCCUUUGUAGAGGAACCAAAAACAAAUAAAUAAACAUCUGUUUAAUGUAUACCAGAGGUUGGCCACCUUUUUCUAUAAAUUGCUAGAUGGUACAUAUUGUAGGCAUGAUGGUCUCUGCUUUGGCUCUUUGGAGGGAGACAACGGACAAUCCUUUAAAAAUAUAGAUCCAUCGUUAGCUCAAAAGACAGCAAAGUGUGUUCUAGGUUUAUCCCAUGAGCCACAAUUUUCCAUCCCUGAUCCAAACUACCUCCAGUUUCUGUUAUAGAGCCAAUACUACCGAACUGUAAUCAGCGUAGUUUUGACAGUAGGUCACUAAUGUAUUCACUGGACUGAAUCGACCUUCUGAACCUUUUUGAGUUGUUAUACAAAGUGGCAAGUUCAUAGCUUCAUGAUUCCCAGGCAGGUGGCAGUAGCAGAGGGAACUUCCCUCACUGAGCACUAUGAGGUAGGCAGGUCAGCAGAAGUCAUGUGAAUCCAGGAGUCUUCCAGGCUUAGUGGGCAAUUUCCCCCAUGACAUCUGUCCAAACCUAACCCUAACUUCAACCCCAACCCUAGCCCCUAAUCCUAACCUCCCACCCCGACUCCCAACCCUAACCUGGACCCUACACCCCCCCCCACCCCAAAGCUGCUUCUUGGAAUGGUUUCUACAGAACUUGUAAUCAACUUCUCAUGCAUUGGACAUCUUUCCCACUCUGUCAAAGUCAACUUUGGUUCUCCAUCAUCAUCUUUUGUCUCUUGUUUUUGUCCUUUUUUUUUUUUUUUCUUAUAAACUUUUCCUCUUAACAGUUCCUUAAGAGCCCCGGGUACUUCAGUAAAAAUUCAGUGUCAGUUUUCUACAAAUUUGUUUUUGUAUUUUUAAGAGGAAAACUCUUUUUGGGGAGUAGCUGAAAUGAAAGGUAAAGCCUCUUGCUUCCAUUCCUGGCAGCUAGCCUGGCUCCUGCCUUCCUCGGCUAAGUCUUGCACCCCAGCUUCAUCCCUAACUUCAAAUGAGAGCUGGUAGUCCGAACAACCAUCCUGUCCUGUCUCAGCUUCGAAAGCCCAAAUCAAAACACACGCUUUCCUCAUCAGGUGUGAAGGGAAGGUAAUUUUAUUCUCUGGGCCUAAUAAGUUACAAACAACAUGCCUCCAGCUACUUCCAUAGCAGGUUAACCCAAGGGUGCAGAUAGUAAGAUCAGUUUACUUCUUCCUCUGUCUGUGAUGGGCAGUGCAGAAGCAAGGCUCAAGACAUAACAAGUAGAUUUUAGGUCUUUGGAGAUAACUCAGCUGGUUAAGUGUUUGCCUUGCAAACACCAAGAAAUCCCCAGAACACAAGAAAAACAGAAGGGAGAAAAGAAGGGAAGGAAGGAAGGAAGGAAGGAAGGAAGGAAGGAAGGAAGGAAGGAAGGAAGGAAGGAAGGAAGGAAGGAAGGAAGGGAGGGAGGGAAAGAAAAAAGCUAGAAUGAUAUCCAGAUUGGUAUGAAAAGAGCCACAGACGGGGUGAUGACAGUCCUGGGCCUCAGUGUGCCCCCUACCUCACAGUGGCUCUGAGCAGGCUCCUUGACCUCUCUAGUGCCAGGCCUUCAUCUGUGAAAUGGGGAGCAGAUGAGACGUGGGUUCAGGAAGAUGCCUCAUGAGAUGAUAAAACCCAUCCAGUCCUCGUGGCUCUCUCCAUCUCCAUCAUUUCCCCUCCCAGCUGCUCCCUGCACAGGAUGAGAAUUAUAAAGGGCCUGCAAGGCAACUGCAGGCCCUGAACACUCCACACACAACAACUCUUUAGAGAGCAAGUUUUUCCUUGACCCUUUAUCCUGCCUCAGGAUGCUGCAGAAUUCGCCAGCAUCCACGGAUUUCCUUGUUACUAGAAAGAAAUUUAGAAACAUGCUGUGCCAUGCCGCUCUGAAACUCGGAUGCAAGCUCUCAAUUAUCUGUGCCCUUCCUCACUGUGCUAUUUUUUUUUUCUUUUUGGAUUAGGGAUGUCUUUACCUGGAAAUUCCACUUUAAUAUCUUUUAAGUCAAACUCCCAGAACUUCGCUGAAGAUUUCCGCCAGGCUCCAGACUGUCUAGGCAAGGCUGGUGUUUCAUACUUUCCCCAGCUACUAACGUGGUGCUGGGAAGUGUUUUACACGAUCGCAGCUGUCCUGUGGAAGUCACUACACUUGAGGGGCAUGUGUGUUUGUAAAACUGAUGCCAUGAGAAAGAAACUGAUGCCGUUCUGACUGCGAGACUGGGACAGGGGGGAUGGGAUUGGACACUGGGCUUCCGUUUAAGUUUGUCCAAGGAAACAGGGCUAAGCAGUCAGUGCCUGGCAACUGUCAGAAGUAAAUGUUUACAAGACCGGCAGCCAUUCCCAACUGCUAGCAGAGGCAGUUUGAGUUUGAAUGGGCCCGAGUGCCUGGCAUGUGUGCGGUAGGUCACGGCAUGUCCUCCUCAGAUAGUCCUUCGAAAGGACCUCUGGGAACUUCUGAACAGGUGACUUAAUGGGAAGUUCCACAGCACAAGCUCAGCUGGGCGUGACUGGAGGAGACCAUAAGCGCAUCGAGAGGCUGUCUCUGGCAGAGGUCGGGUGCCAUCUCCCUGCCAACAGGCAGUCCCUCAUGACUCUAAAUCUCAAAUUUGCUCUAAGCAGAAGAGGAAAGUCUGUUUUUGAGCUGAGUUUCUUGGCCCAACUGUGCUUCAGAUAAACAUAAUCCAUGGCUAUUUCAGUUCUGGAUUUUAGGGAGCAGCUGUGAGGUUAUGGCAAGAGCCAAGGGAAGAGCCUUGACCCAGAUGACUGGUUCUCUGAAUGCCCGGAGAGAGAAAGCUGGUGUGUGACCCCCACACAGAGGACAGAAGGGUAGCAUGGGACAGGGCACCUGUGUCUCAAUUCCGGGGACCCUCUCUGCCAAGGUCUCAUUCCUUAAAAGUGGAUAUCUGGGGUUUGGAGUAAAAACUACUAGUGUUUGAAAAGAUGGAAUUUUAUUGUGUUGAUGCUUAGUAUUCUAAAAGGCAGAAUAUGGGAACCAUCAAGAUGGCGAAACACUUGCCACCAAGUUGCCACCUGAAGAUUCGGGUUCAGUCCCUGGGAUCCUCCUUGUGGUAGGAGAGAACCAACUCCUGAAAGUUGUCUCCUGACAUCACACACUUGCUAUGGCAUACACACAAAAUAAGCAAACAAACAAACAAACAAAUGUAAAACAGACAAACAAAGUUCAUUUUUUAAAUUAUCAUAUGGUUCCCCAAAGGUUCACAUACCUUGCUUUUUAUUGAAAUGUACUCCUAUUACAGGAAGUCAGAUUUCUGUUGUGACCACUGUCCUUUCUCCCCAAAUCACCCUCUGUCCUUUUGGGAUCACCUCAGAAGAUGCUGUGUCCUGCCUGGCAUGUGGACUUGUCCCUUUUCUAAGCAUCAUCUGACAGGGACACAAAUCUGACAUAGCACCGCUGUCAACACUGGAGCAAAGGCAGUUCAGUGUUCAUAAAGCAAGCUUAGACUAUUUCCCCAUUGCAUUCUUACAAGUUAAAUGCAAAAGGUUGAAAGUGUGUCUCGGGGGUAAAUCACUUGUCUAGCAGGAGUUCGGCUCUAGAGUUGAUCCCUAGAACUACAAAAACGCAGUUAAACAGUGAAGUUUCUUUAGUAUACCUCAGAUCCUAGCACAUCCAUAGAAGCAGAGGGAAAGCCAGCGUUCAAAACAAAUCUCCACCUUCUGCCUGAGGAAGCUCCCACUGCAUCCAGCUAUGGGCAUCAUCGUUGUUCUAGGUUAUAGUGUGGGCUGUCUGGGACCCCGGGGUGGAGAACAACAGUGACAGAGGAGCAGCCCUCACCUUCAGAGCUCCCAUGCCCCAUGAGGGGAGGGGCAUCUCAACAAACCAGUGACCCAAAUACAAAUGAAGGAUCCUGUGUGGCUUUCUGGAGGGAAGUGACCACUAGCCACAAAAUUAGGCUUCACAAAAACACGAACAGAUCCUGAGAGAAAAGAACAGUGGGAAAUGUAGGAAGUUGUCAAAGAAAGGAAGGGACACAUGCUCGCAAAGGUCCUGUGGCUGGUACAUCCCAAGUAUGGGGCUGGGGUUGCUUCUCCUUCAGUUUGCCAGGAACAGGGAGGAACAGCCUUAUAAACCACAGUGGCCCCUCGGCUCAGCAAACUCCAUUUCCCUAGCCCUGCAGGCAAAUGUUUUCCUACCCACUCUUUUUUGUUGUUGUUAAGACAAUGCAAAACUCACUGGACAAACCAGAACAUGGCGAAUGUAGGGUCUCUUUCCCAGUAGGGCCACCAGGUCUGGCCUGGCAGAAAAGUGGAAAAGCAUGAGUGAUUUAGUAACCUGCAUUUGUUCUCGAAGCUUUCUACAACAUUACAGUGAGAUGUCUGAACAGGGAAAAAAAAAUCUAAUUUCUUUCUCAUUGUACAUUUUCUCAAACAUGAGGUAUUUAAUCCAAAAGAAUAGCCAAAGGCUUAAGAAGGCUUAGCAAGGAAAUUGUAAGGAAAGCAGUUCCGUGCUAUUAGAAGUAGAGAAACUCUCAUAGCGGAAAAAAUAUCACACACUGUGUUUGGGAAGAUGGAGUUGUAGGCUGCAAAGAGUACAGCAGUGAACUGCAUCCCUGUAAUACCAUUCGGCAGCUGGUUCUACCAGGACAAGCGUUCUGCCAAUGGCUUUUGGUGAUUGUUACAAACUAAACACAGCCCGGGAGGUGAAGGAAAGAGCAGAAAAGGUAAAGUACUUGGACUACUCUUUUACAGUCAGCCAGCGCUUACAGGUUUGACUUGCUCGGGCUUGGGAAAAGUGUGUCUUACUAAAUAAAAUAAGGCUGCUGUUAUUCGGACGUGAACCCUGACAUUUGCUGGCCUGACGCAGCUUUUCUGCCUGCCUCUUCCUCGGAGCUGCUGAAAAUACAAACACAACAUUUCCAUGCUGCCAGAGACAGAGCCGUGGGCUGCCUGGCUGGGUUUAGCUGCCGUUACUCUCCCAUAACCUUGACAAUUGUGAUACCUACGAUUCCCAGGAGUUACGUCCCUGAGUGGCCCCCAGCUCCAGGUUUGGUCUGUGGUCAGUGGAGUCGAUGAUCACAUUCCCUUCAGUUAGGGGGAAUCAUGCUGAGAGCCUACUAUGUGCUAUAUGCUCUAUAGGGGGGAAUUCCCUCCCAUGUGAAAAUAAUGUAUCCAUGUGUGUGCAUUGUUGUCCUUGAAUUGUGUGCACCAUUGUGUAUUGAUGCAUAUAGGCCACGCCCAGACAUCUACAAUGGCUAUGAAGCAUUUAAUUCCAUUUCAAUGGACUCCAUACCCUUUGGGAUGUGCAAUUUAAGUGUUUAUGGAUUUUUUUACACACCAUUUUUACAGGUCCAUUUGUUUAUGAUGUGACAUGGUAAACAGUCAUGUUGGUUUUUAUGUUCUUUUUUGUUUUUCAUGAAAAUAAAUGUACAUACUACUAAGCAAAUGAAUAAAUUAUUGAAAUAUAGUCUUUAUGGAUCAUGCCCACUGUUAAAAAUUUAUUUUAUUUGUUUCAUAAUGUGACUGUCCCAAUGAUGAAAAUUUAUAUGGCCCUUAUAAUAUUGAUGCCAUGUAUUUAAGCUCUGUUCGAUAUUGAUGAGUGUUCCCUAAUAAAAUAUUUUAAACUUCUUUCUCUAAAUACAUAA